AUGGGCUCAGGAGUGUCUGCAGCAUCUCGAGAGAACCUUUGCCAUCAGGUGGUUGUGCUGGAGGUGCUGCUGCUGCAGCUGCUUCUCUGGGCUCACACACUGGCAUUGAAAGUAGAUACUCUGAAGUGCCCUGUGAAUGACCCCAUCUCUGUCCCAUAUGAGUGGUACCAGCCUGGUGACCUCCUCCUUGGGGAGAUGACCUCUCUCUUUUUUUCUGGCUUCAAUGACAUUUCCUUCAAGGAACAUCCUUCACAGGAGAUGCAGUGGACACAACCAUAUAUGCUGACAAAGUUCUACCAGCACAUUCUGGCCUUGGUGUUUGCAAUCAAUGAAGUUAACAUGAGCCCAAACAUCUUGCCCAAUGUCACACUUGGGUUCCACAUUUAUGAUAGCUAUUAUGAUGAGAGGAUGACCUAUCGUACCACUUUGGAUCUGCUCUUCAAAUCACAUGGAUUCAUCCUCAACUAUGAAUGUGGGCCCCAGAAAAACCUCAUAGCCAUAAUUGGGGGACUUGGCUCUGAUAUCUCCUUCCACAUGGCAGACAUCCUAAAUCUCUACAAGAUUCCCCAGAUCACAUAUGGCUCAUUUCCCUCCAUAGACACGGAAAUAUUGAAGGGUCCUUCAUUUUUCCGCAUGACCCCAAAUGAAGCCCCUCAGUAUAGAGGAAUUACCCAGUUACUUCAUCAUUUCAAGUGGACAUGGAUUGGGAUCUUUGUUGUGGAUGAUGAGAGUGGAGAACAUUUCUUGAGGGCCAUGGGGCCCUUGUUAUCACAAAGUGGAAUCUGUGUUGCAUAUACAGAAAGAAUACCAAACCAAAUGAAUUUCCUAGAAACACAAGUAUAUGUGGAUAUGUGCUUAAAGCUUAUCCCAGCUUUGAUGGAUAAGCGAGCCAGAACAUUUGUUGUUUAUGGUGAUACACUGACCCUCCAGUGGUUGGCCACAUUAAUUGAGUAUGGAAAGCUUGGAUAUAAGGAAUACACAUCUGUUGGAAAGGUUUGGAUUACCAAUGCUCAGAUUGAUUUUGCAGACCCUGGAUUUACAGCGGCUUUUAAUUUUGAGGUGUUUGAAGGCACAAUUUCCUUUGUGAUUCACUCUAAGGAACCUCAAGGUUUCCAACCAUAUCUUCAGAACAUAAAUCUUGCACGGAGAAAGGAAAAUAGCUUCCACAAGGAAUUCUGUUUUCACGCUUUCAAAUGUUCAAUUCAUGAUUGGAUGACAUUUAAGGAUGCCUGCACUGGGGAGGAGAGGCUGGACAUCCUUCCUUGGGCUCUUUUUGAAAUGGACAUGACUGGACAUAGCUACAGCCUCUAUAAUGCUGUCUAUGCUGUAGCAUAUGCUCUGGAGGCUUUCUACUCAUCAAGAACCAACCGCAGAGCAAUGCUGGACCAUUUUGAACGUCAAGAUCUUCAAACUUGGCAGGAGCUGCCCAUUUCGGUCUGCAGUUACUCCUGCCACCCUGGUUUUCAGAAGAGAAGGAGGGAAGGGGAGCAAUCUUGCUGCUAUGAUUGUGCUCCAUGCCCAGAAGGGAAGAUUUCCGACCAAAUGGCAGAUACGGCUGAUUGUAGAAAAUGCCCUGAACAUCAGUAUCCAAGCAAGAACCGAGAUAGAUGUAUUUCCAGAAGUUUAACCUUCCUCUCUUAUGAAGAACCUUUAGGGAUCAGUUUAGCUUCCGUUGCAAUUUCUUUUUCUCUCACCACUGCUUUCGUGCUAGGAAUCUUUAUUAAGCACAAAGAUACCCCCAUCGUCAAAGCCAACAAUCUGGAAAUCACCUACGCUCUCCUCAUUUCCCUCCUGCUCUGCUUCCUUUGUUCUUUGCUGUUUCUUGGACAACCUGGAAAAGUGACCUGUUUCCUCCAGCAGCCUGCUUUUGGCAGCAUUUUUUCAGUGGCCGUUUCUUGUGUGUUGGCCAAAACCAUCACUGUGGUUGUGGCUUUCAUGGCCACCAAACCAGGGUCCAGCAUGAGGAAGUGGGUGGGGAAAAAACUGUCCAACUGCAUUGUCCUUUCCUGCUCCCUUCUUCAAUUUGGUAUUUGUGGGCUGUGGCUGGGAACAGCUCCCCCAUUCCCAGAUGUGGACAUGCAGUCAUUAACAGGAGAGAUCAUAGUAGAAUGCAAUGCAGGAUCUGUCAUCAUGUUUUAUCUUGUCUUGGCUUACAUGGGACUUCUUUCCAUCAUCAGCUUCAUGGUGGCUUUCUUAGCCAGGAAGUUGCCGGACACCUUUAAUGAAGCCAAAUUCAUCGCCUUCAGUAUGCUGGUGUUUUGCAGUGUUUGGUUGUCUUUUGUUCCCACCUACCUCAGCACCAAGGGGAAAUCCAUGGUGGCUGUGGAGAUCUUCUCCAUCUUAGCCUCCAGUGCUGGAUUACUGGGUUGCAUCUUUUCCCCUAAAUGUUUCAUCAUAUUGCUGAAACCUGAGCUGAACCAGAGAGAGCAGCUAAUAAGGAGAAAAGACUAGGGAUGUGUGAAAAGUUUUGUACCCGAAACAACCCAUUUCAGGUGUUUUGUAGACAA